AUGCCAUAUCUUCCAUUUCCCCCCAAAUUUCCAAUCCAUGCGUGUCCUCAGACCGCAUAUCUAACCGCAUCCCCCGUCUCCCCUCCACCAGGCAAACUCGUCAAGGACCUCUCCCAUCUCGCUGUCUCCUUCAGCCUGCCCAAGAAGAACGUCCUCGCCAUCGAGAUCCACCAUGGCUCCCGCAAGGGCAUCGCCUCCCUCCGAACCGUCCGUACCCUCAUCAACAACCUGAUCAUUGGCGUCACCCGCGGUUUCAAGUAUAAGAUGCGCUACGUCUAUGCCCAUUUCCCCAUCAACGUGAACAUCGAGACCAAUAAGGAUACUGGUGUUUCGGAGGUUGAGAUUCGAAACUUCCUUGGCGAGAAGCGAGUCCGCCGCGUCGUCUGCCAGCCAGACGUCGAAAUCACCGUCUCGCCCAACGUCAAGGAUGAGAUCCAGCUCACUGGAAACUCGCUGGAAGGCGUUUCACAGAGUGCUGCCGAUAUCCAACAAAUCUGCCGCGUUAGAAAUAAGGAUAUCCGAAAAUUCUUGGACGGCAUAUACGUUUCAGAGCGGGGUAAUAUCAUUGAGGAGUGA